CAACCAAGUUAAUUCCUUAAUAAAAUGGAAAAGAAUAAUGCAGCUGCAGAAAGGCUUAAAAGAAGCUUCCUUUCUGCCUCAACAAAAACCAGCUUAACCAGACACUCUACCUACUCUCUCUCUCUCUCUCUCUCUAGAACUUCUCUUGAGUUCAUUCACUUCUCUCACAAAGUUUGAUACUUUGAGGUAAAAAAUUGGUUGAAAAAACUUGAUGUCUAUGCCACUGGAGCAUGAUUACAUAGGCCUAACAGAGACUUCAUCUUCUCCAAUGGAAAGAAGCUCUGAGAAGAUUUCAUCUUCCACUUCCUCCGCCAUCAACCUCAAGGAGACUGAGCUCAGGCUUGGCCUGCCUGGGUCCCACUCUCCUGACAGAAAAAAACCAUCAGGGCUUGGACUUGGGGUCUCAAUUUUUGGGAAAGAUUUGGAGGAGAAUAACAAGCCAACUGGAUUUUCUCCAAACCCUCCAAAGAACCCUGUGUCAGGGGCAAAAAGGGGAUUCUCUGACGCCAUUGAUGGGUGUUCUGAGAAAUGGGCUUUUACCAUGACUAAUGGAUCUGAGGUUGAUGUGGGUAAAGCGGCUGUCUUGGGUUCUCCAUUAGCCAAGAAGGAGGUUUCUUCUGUUCCUCUGUCGCCAAAGCCAGCAGCUCAGUUGGAGAAGAAGAACACUCAGGCCUCUGAGCAUGCUGCUGCUUCUCCUUCUUGCAACAGGGCACAGGUGGUAGGAUGGCCCCCAAUUCGAUCAUUUCGGAAGAAUUCCAUGGCCUCUAAUCUGGCGAAAAACAACGAUGACGCUGCGGGCAAACAAGGGUCCGGGUGCCUUUAUGUGAAGGUUAGCAUGGACGGCGCUCCAUACCUGCGAAAAGUUGACCUUAAAACCUACAACAACUACACUGAACUUUCCAUGGCUCUGGAGAAGAUGUUUAGCUGCUUCAACAUUGGGCAGUGCAGUUCUAAUGGACUUCCAGAGCGAGAUGGUCUGAGUGCGAGUCGAUUGAUGGAUCUUCUCAAUGGUUCUGAAUUUGUUCUGACUUACGAGGACAAGGAUGAUGACUGGAUGCUUGUUGGCGAUGUUCCUUGGCAGAUGUUCACUGAGACCUGUAGGAGGCUGAGGAUCAUGAAAGGUUCUGAAGCAAUCGGACUAGCUCCAAGGGCCGCGGGGAAGUGCAAGAACCGCAACUAACAUGAACCGUACCAGCUGGAAAUAGCAUUCUCCAGAGCAUCAAAAUGGACUCAAAGUCGGGUGCUUGUUGCAGAGUCCUAAGUAUGUUUGAUAGAAUCCUAGUUUUUGUCUUUACGGACCGGAAAUUUUCCGAUUAGUUAGAAAGUUUUCGCUGGAGACGUCCAGAUUAUGUGUUUGCUGUUGCUGUUUUUCCCUCUUACAUGUACCACAUAUUCGAAUUACUGUGUAAAUGGUCUUUGCUGCUUGCAAAUCUCUUCCAGUUUCUUCUCUUAAGAACAAUUGUACGUAUAAGUUCCUCCAAUGAUUUUUGAAACCGAGGUUUUUUUU